AUGAACUACAAGAUCCUGUGUUUCUUGGUUCCAGUCACGGUGUUUUUUAACCUCAGCGACGCGGAAACCAGCAUGUCUGAUUUCGCAAACUGUACACUUACGGAGUACCUUUGUGACGCGCGCAAGUGCACCACACAAUUCAUCAAAAGCGUUCAAAAUGACCCCGAAGGAGACUGUGGAGUCCAGUACAACAAAACCUUGGACUGUGUCAUCAUGUCAAACAAGCUAUGCGGCAGGGUUUUUCCGAGUGACUCAUUCAACAGGACGAUUGAUGAUAGUUUACGUGAAGGCAUCAAAGAGGAAUAUAUAUGUAACGAAGCAUUUUUGGGUGAAUUUCUCGUUCCCAUGGAGCUGCGUAGUGACCCAUUUUGUUCAGAUGUGUUCUUUAACAACACACAAGCAUGUUUGAAAACUUUUCAUGAAAAAUUUAUGGCUGACAGAUCGGACACCACUCUGUGCGAGGAACAUGCUGAAGCAAAAAAAUGUUGGAUGGAGGCCAUUGAGUCCGACUGCAAAUUUCCUUCUGAUUUCUUUGAGGCGAUAAAAUUUGAUUUGGUCGACUACAAUCCUUUCUGCGCCAACAAUCGGGAUCCUGGGGCGACCGGAAAUGAUCAGUGCUAUGGCGUGAGGGACAUAAAAAAUCCCUUCAAUAGAAAGGACGACGUCAGUGCAACCGCUGGUAUAAAGAUUAAUGCAUCGCUGGCUCUGCUUCUUCCUCUUGGGUCAUUUUUGUUCGUACUUAAGGUUUAA